AGGCUUCCUGGCUGGCUGCGCGGUGAGCAGCCGGUUCUGUGCUGAUAAACUUGAAAGCGUUUUGCCUUUGAGUUUGUUUUUGUUUGUUAUCACUGCACAAACUCAUCAAUAUGGGCAAAAAAGAAGAGGAAGAGGUUAUCAGGAUUGCAAAGAAGAUUGAUAAAUUGGCACAAAAGAAAAAUGGGUCAGGGGCACUGGAUCUUCUAAAGGAGCUAAAGAAUAUGCCUAUGACCCUGGAACUGCUUCAGUCGACCAGGAUUGGGAUGUCUGUAAAUGCCAUCCGAAAACAAAGCACAGAUGAUGAAGUGACAUCCUUAGCCAAGUCUCUCAUUAAGUCCUGGAAAAAGCUUCUGGACGAGCCUAGUAGUGGGGACAAAAGCUCUGAGGAGAAAAAGAAGGAGCCUGCAGCAUCGUCUGAGUCUCGGUCCGAGGACAGCCCUCAGCCCAGAGAGGAAAGCUCCAGCAGUAAAAGUGAUUCUGGUGAUAUGAUACCUAGCUCCUUGACUUCCAGCUUCCCUCGAGCACCAGGCACAUCCGACUCUGUGCGUCUGAAGUGCAGGGAGAUGCUGACCAGCGCUCUACAGACCGGAGAUGACCACAUCACCAUUGGGGCUGACUGUGAAGAACUUGGUGCACAGAUUGAAGAAAGCAUCUUUUCGGAGUUCAAAAACACAGACAUGAAGUACAAGAACCGCGUUCGAAGCCGAAUCUCAAACCUUAAGGACGUGAAGAACCCCAACCUGAGAAGGAAUGUGCUGUGUGGUAAUGUGGUUCCAGACCGUAUAGCCAAAAUGACAGCAGAGGAAAUGGCUAGUGAUGAACUAAAGGAGAUGCGUAAGAAUCUGACAAAAGAGGCUAUCAGGGACCACCAGAUGGCCAAGACUGGUGGCACCCAGAGUGACCUGUUCACUUGUGGGAGAUGCAAAAAGAACAAGUGUACCUACACACAGGUUCAGACCAGAAGUGCUGAUGAACCUAUGACCACGUUUGUCUUCUGUAAUGAAUGCGGCAACAGGUGGAAGUUUUGCUGAAAUGGAGUGUUCAUUAUCAGCAUGCAGAGCGGUAGCUUAAUUCCUGGACCAUCAACUGUAGGAACUUUUAACACUGACUUUGAGUGAACAAAGGCGGCUAUAGACUCCAUCGUUGUAUUUUUAUUUGAAUGUUUCGGUCCACACACUCAUGUCCUGUGUUUUAACUUGACGUAUUGCUAGCCUUUGGACUUUGAUCAAUGGUGUUGUUACGUUGUUUCUUUUAACAUCUGUUUUAUAUGUAGUUUAAUAGGAUUUUACAGCAUUCAUGUGUAGUAAGGUUGCUUUGUCCAAAUAAAAAUGAGCAGUGGUUAGGCUAUAUUACUUUAUUAUUUUAUUCAAUAAAUUGGAAAAGAAUAUGUUUUUUUUCUUUUUUGUGAUAAAUGAUUAAUUUACUUUUGGAUAAAUCAUAUGUUUUUAAUUGCUUUAAAUGACACCCUUUCCUUGUUUAUUCAUAUUUAUAUGCAUGCUUGGCAAAUUUAUACUGUUUACAUUUUUUUUUCUUUUAAGUAGUAAAAUAUUUUACAACUCUUUUAAUGGGUAUACACUUACUGCCUCUACAUUUUUAACAAGAACUAUAUCACACACAAAAAUAAAUGUUGUGUUUGGGAUUAGGUUUUCAUACAAGCAAAUUUUAAGCAUUUUAUGGGCAGGACAAACCCUGAGUUAUUAAGUGUGUAUGUACACAGAGAAAUGAAUUCAGUAGUUAGAAAUUAAAAUACACUGUGCAUGGAAGCACCAAUAUUUUUAUUAAUAAAUGUAAGAU